AUGGCGUCUUCCUCAAGAAAAUACCAAAUGAUGGAUGAUGCAGCUGAUGACAAGGAGUGGAUCCCCGCCACCAAGCUGGGCUGCCUGGUUAAGGACAUAAAGAUCAGGUCCUUGGAGGAGAUUCAUCUGCUCUCCCUGCCCAUUAAGGAAUCCAAGAUUAUUGACUUUUUCCUGGGUGCAUCCCUAAAGGAUGAGGUUACAAAGAUCAGGCCAGUGCAGAAUGAGACAUGGGUUGGCCAGCAGACCACGUUCAAAGCUUUUGAUGCUAUUGGGGACUACAACGGUCACAUUGGUCUUGGUGUUAAGUGCUCUGAGGAGGUAGCCACUGACAUCCAAGGGGCCAUCAUCUUGGCCAAACUUUCCAUUGUCCCUGUUAGGAGAGGCUACUGGAGGAACAAGAUUGGCAAGCCCCAUAUUGUUCUGUGCAAGGUGACCUUUGAUGCCAUCUCCAAGACCUACAGCUACCUGACCUCUGACCUCUGGAAAGAGACUGUGUUCACCAUGUCUCCUUAUCAGGAGUUCACUGACCAUCUUGUAAAAACUCACACCAGAGUUUCUGUUCAGAGGACCUAG